ACAUCCUUCGCGUGUGGUUUAGCCUUUUAUCUGAUUUGUAUAUAAAUAAAAUGUGAAAAGAAUAAUUACACCGUUUAUUCACAGACGAAGAGAAAUGUCAGUAGAUCGUCGCUGUACUGGUUGCAGACGAAUUAUCAACAAUAAAACUGCCUGUUGUGUUUAUACGUCAUGAUAACAUGAUAUUUGCUACACCGCUAGAGCAUGUUAGAAAUGGAAUAAGAUCACGAACUGAUUUAACAUACUUUUAUUUGAUAUUUUAAUGAAAAUAUGAAAGUUUUGGGCGGUGUUUUGUUUCUCGUUACCUUAUAUCAAUCUAGUGCACAACAAUAUGUUAAUAUUGUGACGGUCACACCUGGACUUGCAACCACAUUGACAUGUCAUGUCAAGAAUAUAGAUGACAGUAAAGAGGUUAUAUGGGUCGGACCUUCAGGAAAUCCUCUUACCAUUGGUAAACGUAAUGUUACAACAGAUUCGCGAAUUUAUAUAGAACAGCCUUAUGCGAAUGUCUGGAAACUUCACAUAACCAGAGUAAAACUGAGUGACGCCGGGGAUUAUACCUGUAAAGUGGAAUCGACACCCCCUCAAGUUUCAAAAGUAAAGUUAAUUGUUAAAGAAAUACUAUCAACAUCGACGAAUUCUCCAACACAAACAGAUCCAACUGGUAUGGCACCGAGUUUACGAAUGAAGAAUUUCGAAGUUUUUUGUGCCAUUUUAUCAUUUUCAUUUCUAGUUGCUGAAUGAUUAUGAUGAAUGUGUAAAUACAACAAUUACAUGUAUAUAUUUCUUUG